GGCCUCUUCUCAUGAUUGGGCUGUAAUGAGCACGAACCGGCUUCUGUGCUCGGCAUGGCUUGACGUGUACGACUUAGACGAUCCAGAUAUGUCUGGGCACAAGCCCAUCUCCCUGGUAGGAUCAUCUAAUAUGAGUUUGAAGUCCCCUUUGGAACGGUUUGAUCGGCGACAUGGCUCGAAGGGACGGAUGUCCCGAGCCCGGUAUCAUAGCGCUCUGAGGCCCCUAUAAGUACGCAUCAUCCCAUGCCUGCCAGUGAUCCACGGACAGGGGCCCUCACACUAUGAAUCCUGCCAUAAUUCCUCAGGCCUCGUCUCCGCAGCGUGAAGAUAUGGCCGUGGAGCAGAGCUUGAGUCCUGACGUAGAUCAUCGUCGAAGGCCGAGGAACAGACCCACUCAGUCUUGCUUCAACUGCCAUACGUCGAAACGCAAGUGUGACCGCAAAAGACCGUGCUCGAGGUGCAUCCAACUAGGAUUGACGGGACUUUGCGUUUACGAGAUUGAUGACCCUGCACUGAGAGAUAAUCCAAAUAUCGACGAGAAUAUCCGAUUGAGAAAUCGCAUUGCUGAACUCGAGACCGUGCUCCGAGAGAUCCGAGGAAAGCCUCAUCCACGAUGGGUAGAGCCCAGCUAUCGUGGAGGAGAUGCCCGCGAAAAGUGGCAUUCUCGCACGAAGUCAGACAACGUUUAUGAGUCCCAGGACCCUGCAGAAAUCGAUCGAAAUGAAGCAACGGCGCCAGCCCAAGGAAGCCAUCACACUGCGGAAUUCUCCUACGUAUCUUCCAUGGUCAAGGCGGAGCCAGGUGCCGACUCAGUGCGGAAUUACCUGUACAGCCUUCCGGGCCCUUCGCCAGGUGGGUCAUCAAAUUUUCAAGAGGCUCAGAGUACCAUAUCGCAUGCGUAUGGUACCAACCCGCAGCAAGAAUACCCCCAGCGAUCUCGUUAUCCUACUGACUCCGCUGCGUACUUCCACUCUUCCUCCGGCGACUCCCCCGAAAUGUACGCCGAGUAUUAUCCCCGCGGUGCACAACAAGACCUGGACGACGAACAAUCUACCGGUUGUUUCGGCUCUCCGCGUAUGUCCCUCGACUCCGAAGUCCCGUCCUCUACUUGCUCCUGCCUGACGAACCCGGCCUUUACUCGACCUCUUGCCGCGUUCAUGACCCACCUUCAUACGACUUCCCAGUUGCUCCAACAUGCGUCGGGUGACCAUGACCAACAAGAAUGUCUCGUACUUGCACACAUGAUCGAGCUCGAUGCGAUAAUUCGGAGCGGGAAUUCGAAUCUUGCAGUGGAGUAUUCCACAAGCUCUGCUGAGAUGGAGAGGGGAAUCAUGUCUCCUGAGUCGACGUUGAGCCAAGAAUCCGGCUCCAGCGUAUCUUCUGAUGGGUGGACGCCUCAAAGCGCGAACCAUGCCUACUUCCAUACCUAUGCAAGGACGGGCUGAUCAUGCAUUUUGAAGAACAAGGGGACUAUGACUCCUUUUUCUGAUCCUUUGCAACGCAAGUCCUGCUAUGAGAUACCCUAUUUAUUUACACGGGUCACAUUAUAUCAGUUCGAAUCCAGGACAUUGUAUUCGCCCUGCUUGCGAAUUGUACAUAUGAAGAAUGUGAUCAUCGAUCCAGCCCGAUCGGCUCAUCCUCCCGUCUGGUC